AUGAACCCCAAGCGUGCCGAUGGCAGGCUGGUUAGCGCGUUCAGCAGAGCUCACCGCAUCGGGCAGAACAAGAAGGUGAUGAUCUACCGCUUCGUGACCAGAGCCUCCGUUGAAGAGCGCAUCACCCAGGUGGCCAAACGGAAGAUGAUGCUCACCCACCUGGUGGUCCGCCCGGGGCUCGGCUCCAAGUCGGGCUCCAUGACCAAGCAAGAGCUGGACGACAUCCUCAAGUUUGGGACAGAAGAGCUCUUCAAGGAUGAUGUGGAAGGCAUGGUGUCUCAGGGACAGCGGAUCACCAUGCCAGAUGCUGUCACCCCUUUCUCGGACACACUGUCAGCCAAAGGGGGUGCCGUGACUCCCGGCAUGAAAAAAAAGCACGGUGGCACCCCACCAGGUGACAAUAAGGACGUGGAUGACAGCAGCGUGAUCCACUACGAUGACGCUGCCAUCUCUAAGCUUCUGGACCGAAACCAGGAUGCGACUGAUGACACAGAGCUGCAGAACAUGAACGAGUAUCUCAGCUCCUUUAAAGUGGCCCAGUAUGUUGUGAGAGAAGAGGACGGUGUGGAGGAGGUGGAACGCGAGAUCAUCAAGCAAGAGGAGAAUGUGGACCCUGACUACUGGGAGAAGCUGCUGCGGCACCACUAUGAGCAGCAGCAGGAAGAUCUGGCCAGGAACUUGGGGAAAGGGAAGAGAAUCCGCAAGCAGGUCAACUACAACGACGCCUCGCAGGAGGACCAAGGUACGGCUGCAGCUGCUCGGCUCCCGGCUGGGCGCAGGCUGGGGGGCAGCAGGCUGGGGGGCAGCAGGCCCUGUGAAGCUGCACAAACAGAGUGGCAGGACGAGCUCUCUGACAACCAGUCGGAGUACUCCAUUGGCUCCGAGGAUGAGGAUGAAGACUUUGAAGAGAGGCCAGAAGGUCAGA